AGGGGGAAGACUUUAACUAGAGGCGCGCAGAUGUGUGAGACCUUUUAUUGUAAGAGUGGACAGACAUCCCAGAUUUCAGAGCCCCAUAUUCGAGCCCCGUGGGAUCCCGCGGCCCCCAGCCAGUGCCAGCAUGCAGAACAGUCACAGCGGAGUGAAUCAGCUCGGUGGUGUCUUUGUCAACGGGCGGCCACUGCCGGACUCCACCCGGCAGAAGAUCGUAGAGCUAGCUCACAGCGGGGCCCGGCCGUGCGACAUUUCCCGAAUUCUGCAGACCCAUGCAGAUGCAAAAGUCCAAGUGCUGGACAAUCAAAACGUGUCCAACGGAUGUGUGAGUAAAAUUCUGGGCAGGUAUUACGAGACUGGCUCCAUCAGACCCAGGGCAAUCGGAGGUAGUAAACCGAGAGUAGCGACUCCAGAAGUUGUAAGCAAAAUAGCCCAGUAUAAGCGGGAGUGCCCGUCCAUCUUUGCUUGGGAAAUCCGAGACAGAUUACUGUCCGAGGGGGUCUGUACCAACGAUAACAUACCAAGUGUGUCAUCGAUAAACAGAGUUCUUCGCAACCUGGCUAGCGAAAAGCAACAGAUGGGCGCAGACGGCAUGUAUGAUAAACUAAGGAUGUUGAACGGGCAGACCGGAAGCUGGGGCACCCGCCCGGGUUGGUAUCCCGGGACUUCAGUGCCAGGGCAACCUACCCAAGAUGGCUGCCAGCAACAGGAAGGAGGGGGAGAGAAUACCAACUCCAUUAGUUCCAAUGGAGAAGAUUCAGAUGAGGCACAAAUGCGACUUCAGCUGAAGCGGAAGCUGCAAAGAAAUAGAACAUCUUUUACCCAAGAGCAAAUUGAGGCCCUGGAGAAAGAGUUUGAGAGAACCCAUUAUCCAGAUGUGUUUGCCCGAGAAAGACUAGCAGCCAAAAUAGAUCUACCUGAAGCAAGAAUACAGGUAUGGUUUUCUAAUCGAAGGGCCAAAUGGAGAAGAGAAGAAAAACUGAGGAAUCAGAGAAGACAGGCCAGCAACACACCUAGUCAUAUUCCUAUCAGCAGUAGUUUCAGCACCAGUGUCUACCAACCAAUCCCUCAGCCCACCACGCCUGUUUCCUCCUUCACCUCUGGCUCCAUGUUGGGCCGAACAGACACAGCCCUCACCAACACAUACAGCGCUCUGCCACCCAUGCCCAGCUUCACCAUGGCAAAUAACCUGCCUAUGCAACCCCCAGUCCCCAGCCAGACCUCCUCCUACUCCUGCAUGCUGCCUACCAGCCCUUCGGUGAAUGGGCGGAGUUAUGAUACCUACACCCCCCCACAUAUGCAGACACACAUGAACAGUCAGCCAAUGGGCACCUCGGGCACCACUUCCACAGGCAUAUUUAUAUAUUUAUCAAUGGGAACUCUGCAGGGACACUUCGAUAUCAUCUUCCAGGUGGUGACCAUCUAUCUGUGAUGUCCUCAGUAGAAUCACAAGACUAACUGCUUAUGAUUUUUCUCCAAAUUUGCUCGACUAGGGACACCAGGUGAACAGAAUUAGAGAAUGUUUGAGGAAGAAACAUUUAAAUUACUGAGUGAAAAAAUGCUUUUUACUACAAUGAACUUCUAGAAUAUUUCCCCUCCAAAGCUGUGCCUCCUAAGUCUUAAAUAAUAAUCUACUGGCUUUUCUUGAUAUGGCUCACAUAGUCAUCUCUUCCUACUUAAAAAAAUCAUAACUAGGUUAACUAAGACUCAUUUCUACAGUAUUAUUUUAAGAUUCAGCUUUGUUUUGUGAAUUUUUGUCAUCUUAGGAUGGUGUCUGUAUUCUGCUUAUUCUUUUGGCACUGGGCCUCAAUUUGAACAAGAUUAGAAAAAAAAGGCUUUCUUCUUUGUAUGUUUGGCUCACCAAGACCAAACACAAAUUCUUCCCCUUUUUGUUUCUCAAGAAUAAACCUCACCUGUUUUUUUGUUUUGCACCGGUCCUGAAUGAAUGCUCAGUUUUAAAGUCAAAGUGUAAGGACUCGGGGUUAGUACUGCUUCAUUUCGGUCUUGUGUUGAUGGUGACUAUUCACAUGUUUUAGAAAUGACAUUCACAAUGGGCUUAAACAAAUGAACAGGGUUCCCUCCCCCCCAUUUCCCUUUUGCAUUCGGAUGCCUGUCUGAUUCUUUAAAAUUAAAAGAUAGACAAGGAAUUGAUUGCCGAGUAUUGCUUCCAUCUGAAGUAGUUUUAUUUUGUCCAGUGUUAGUAUUUGCAGAUCCUGGAGAUGGAGAUAAAGAAUGGAAGAGAGGGAGACAAAAGUGGAAAUUGGUGGCUACUAAAAAGAAAUCCAGAAGGUCUUAGAACUCUAAGCAGACUGCAGCAGUCAGAAUAUUUACCUCAUGUUAAAGAAGGGCAAAUCUAGCAUAAUAAAUGAAUACCAUAGAGGGUUUUGAAGUUUUAGAAAUAUUUAAAAGAUAUGAGAACAUUCCAAAUACUAUGUGUAGCAUAGUUACUUGAGUAUUUAUCUUUGAGACAAGUUGAUAACUGAAAAAAAAAAUCUUGUUUACAGAGAGUAGAUUUCAUAAUGUAUCCAAAUGGUCUGUAUACCUACGGUAGCAUUAUUGGAGACCAGUAUUUUUAUGUAGUAAGUUAUUAGCAUAUGGCUAAUGGCUAAUGUUCCCAGAAGGGAGGAAAACACAUUUUUAGAGUGGGUUUUUAUCGGAGGAAAACAGAAAUAUACAUCCCUCUUCAAUAGCUUAUUUUUUACAAAGCCUGCCUAGUGAAUCAGAACAACAAAGCACUCGCACCUGAUUUUUGGAAAGCCCAGGUACUAUUAUUGUUCGGAAUGCACUUUUAUUGAGUUUGAAAAGUUUCUUUUUAUAUUUAAAAUAAGUGGGGUUCAAAUACAUGCAUUCCAUUUUUAUAGUAUUUAUCUGUUUGCAAAGCGUAUAGUAUUAGAGAGUAAUUGACUGUUAAUUUCAUUGACAUAGUAGCCAGGGUAGUAAAUCAACGACCUAUUAAGUAUUUUUGACAAGCAAUUUACAUAUCUGAUGACCUCACAUUUCGUUUUCAGAGUCAAAUGCUAUGUAAUUGUUCCGUUGUGUGUUUGUAUCAAAUGAGUCACAACACGGCAAGAAAAAGGUUAGUGUUAUUAAAAUAAUAACCAGACUAAAAUAUUCAUUGGAAUUUGUUUAGACUGUUCAUAAUGCUUUCAAAGGAUAUAGCAAAGCUUUUGUGGAGUAUCUGCAUAUUAUUUACUAUCUAUGGACUAAACUGAUUUUUUUGAAGUUGCUUUAAAUUUUAAAAGCACCUUCGCUUAAUAUAAAAGCCCUUUAAUUUUAACUGACAGAUCAAUUCUGAAACUUUAUUUUGAAAAGAAAAUGGGGAAGAAUUUGUCUUUCGAAUUAAAAGAAGUGAAAAAAAUAAACCAGACACUCUUAAAAAAAAAAUAGAAGAAAAAACCUGAUUUUUAGUACUAAUGAAAUAGCGGGUGACAAAAUAGUUGUCUUUUUGAUUUUGAUCACAAAAAAUAAACUGGUGGUGACAGGAUAUGAUGGAGAGAUUUGACAUCCUGGCAAAUCACUGUCAUUGAUUCAAUUAUUCUAAUUCUGAAUAAAAGCUGUAUACAGUAUGUGUUUAUGCUACAGUGGGUUUUUUUAAGUGACUGACAUUCAUCAUAUUGGUUAGACAGUUUAAAAACCUAGUCUUUGUUUUCUUCAAUGUUGUCAAGAACAAAUAAAGUAUAAUUUGUGGUAUAUUAAAAGCAAACUGCUUAAAAUGCUUGUUAUAACUGCUUCAAAAUAUCCUAACAUAUUUGAAAAUGUAUUUUGGAAAUUCAGGUUCUCCUAGAGGAUGUUAAACAGCUUUUUAAAAAAUGAAACUCUACUUAAAUAUGCAAGUUACUUUUUAAAUUUUGGUUUUUUUGUCUACUAUUUGUCAAAAGCUUUGAGAAUAUGGAACUAUGAUUCAAAAACCUAGUGUUUUAUAUGAAAACUGCUUCAGUAUGCUAUAUACCCCAGAAAGACAUGUUUUUGUGGUUAUAAAUGUACAUACCGAACCGAUGUUCAUAAUUAACAAAAGGAUUUACCUCAUGCAAUGGAAAUUUGGGUUAGCUUCAGUUGUCCACUUAGUCUCAGACCUAUAUUCUGUACAAAUCUCUCACCAGGUUUCAAUACACGUUUUUUCCCCCAGUAUCAGCAUUAAUGUAGCUGUCAGUUUGAAUUUCAAUCCUGAAUUAUGUGUUGACAUAAUUUCAUGGUGCUGACUUUAAUUGUUUAGGAUUACUAAAUAGAAGACCCUAAACUUCUUUUGCUAUACUUUCUAUCACUCAAGUUUUUUAUAUUUAUUAACUUCUAUAGCAGACUAAUUAACGGAGUCUUAAUCCCAAAAUAUUAUUUUGUUUUCAUCAAUUUAAUAACAGGAUGCAUAAAUGCAAAUCCAUUUUAUUAUAGUCUUCAUAUACUAGCAAAGAAAUUUCUCAUUGUUUUAAAAACCUUAGCACUUUUGGUGGCAAGUGACUCUUUCAGAAAUAAAGAGAAACUAUGUUUUCC